UCACACUCACACACACACACACACACACUAAAUGUAAAACUAAACUUUAAUGUAAACAAACUCUUCUCCGUCUCUCCGUAGGUCUCCAUCAUUCCCUCCCUCCGUCUCCGUCUCCCAAACGAGCUCGGAGGUCCAUCCAUCCAUCGCUAUAGCAACUGGUUGCUACGGGCGACGGACACAGCCUGCCGGCGCCAGCCACCAUCCUCCUCACAGUUGUUGUUCGAAGGCAGAGACGAGAGACAAGGCGCGGUGCAGCGAGCAGAGUGGAAGACGCUUUUUCUCUCUCUCUCUCUCUCUCUCCCUCUCUCUCCCUCUCUCUCUCGCCAAAAUAAAAGCCAACGAAAUAAAAGAAAAGACGGCUGGAUACUCCCGCUUCUGCGUUGCAACCUGCAAAGAGGAAACGACAGGAUGAGAGGAUGAUGACAACUUGUUCGCCCAGGAACUCGGCCGUGUUGAAGUGAAGGCGCACUGACCCCGACGCCACCAACGAGACGGACGCCGCCGCUGCAGGGCGUCUCCUCUCAAACUCCGACCGUCUCCUCCGACAAAGACCAAGCUUUCCUGUCGACGCUCUCUCAUCGGACAGACGGAGAGGAUCGUCUCAACCGCCCGCCCAUCUUUCUUCUGACGGCGUCUCCUCUCAAACUCCGACCGUCUCCUCCGACAAAGACCAAGCUUUCCUGUCGACGCUCUCUCAUCGGACAGACGGAGAGGAUCGGUCCAACUGCCCGCCCAUCUUUCUUCUGACGGUAUUCUCUCUUUUGGCCAAGUUUUCAACACUUUGUUCCGGAGCUUUUUUUCGACAGUUUCCAAUGUUUUCGUCCCUUUUUUCCUACAGUUUUUUCCGACGUUUUUGUCGCUUUUUCCGGUGCUUUUGACGUCCCGUUCCGACAUGGCCGACGACCUCUACAGCAGCACCUUCUCUGCUUCCGAAUUGGACUUCUCUUCCUCGUCUUCGCCACUGUCCUCCUCCACGGCGUCCGCUUCCUUCCUCACGCUGGAGCAGAGGGCGGCCUUCAUUUUCGUCCUCAUCCUCUUCAUCUUCCUGGGCUUGCUGAUCGUGCGCUGUUUCCGGAUCCUCCUGGACCCGUACCGCAGCAUGCCGUCCUCCACCUGGACCGACUACAUGGAGAAGGACACCUUCGACUACCGCAUUUCCUGACAGUCGGCCUGAGAGGCGGCGACCCUGACCACCAACAAACUAAACUGAGGCGACGAUCACACUGAGAGAGUAAAGCAGAGACACAAGCGCACCUUUCCCCUCCAACGGUUAACGUAGAAACCGAAAGUUAGGAUCUCUUUGGCAGAUAGUUUGUCUACCCGAGUAUCUACGUGAAGGUUACGUUGAAACUGAAAUUUUUAUGGAUUCUUUGGCAGAAACGUAUGUUACCGAGUACCUACUUCAACGUUACUUACCUUAGUCUGAAACUUCUGUCGGAGACUAACAGUGCCGAUCCACCUGGCCUUGCGGCAUUUCUGUCGCGCCAGGCUCCACUUUAUUCCUAUGGGUUUUAUGGGUUUAAUGCGCCCGCAAAGAAUCCCGGGAAG